UCCUCUCUCCUCGGCUCGUUCAUUUCCUUUUGGGUGCUGAAGGUGGGAGGUCGUGGUGCUCGAUACAUCUCGAUUUCAACAACGAUUUUCUCGCGUAAAUGCAUCGUCUAAUUAAAAAUUGCCGCGACGCACGCAGAAAAAUUCGCCGAAAGUUCGCGUCACGUUUAAAUUCGCAAGGGCUUUAUUAUAACGCGGCACGAGAACAUGGCUGAGGCCGAGUCGAUGGAAUGUUGUGAACAUGUAGGCCACGUGGCAAAGCGGCUAACGCGAGAAGAAAUCGAAAAGAUGCGGGCCCAAGACUCUCGGCUGGUUUCAGAAUUCCGCGCGCAUCAAUUGGAGCGAGAUGCUAAGAAGCACUGGGAUCUGUUCUACAAACGGAACGAGAAUCGAUUCUUUAAAGACAGACACUGGACCACGAGGGAGUUCCACGAACUGCUGGGACUGGGCGCCGAAGAGAAAGAAAAUGCCCUUCUCGAAAUCGGCUGCGGCGUCGGCAACUUCAUUUACCCUUUAAUCGAGGACGGAUUGAAAUUCAAGAAGAUCUUCGCCUGCGAUCUCUCCCCGAGGGCCGUCGAAUUAACGAAGAAUCAUUCGAUGUACGAUGCAGAAAAGAUGCUGACUUUCCAAACGGAUGUUACGACUGAGAAUUGUUUCUCCGAGAUCCACUGCCCGAUAAACGUGGCGACGUUAAUAUUCGUCUUGUCGGCUAUACAUCCAGAAAAAUUUCAAAAAGUUCUACGGAAUUUAUAUAACGUGCUUGCACUUGGCGGAGUCGUGCUGUUCAGAGAUUAUGGCUUGUACGAUAUGGCUCAAUUAAGAUUUAAACCGGGCCAUAAAAUUAGCGAAAAUUUUUAUGCCCGACAGGAUGGAACGAGGAGUUAUUAUUUUUCGGUAGAGGAAGUAUCGAGCUUGUUCGAGUCGGUCGGUUUCAAAACUAUGGCGUGCGACUAUGUACAUAGACGUACGAUAAAUUUGAAGGAAAAGAUAGACGUGCCUAGAAUUUUCGUUCAGGGAAAAUUUGAAAAACUUUGAACUUGAAGGGAGAAUUCAUUUUAUGGACGCAACAGUUAUUUAUGAUCUCGUAUUCUCUUGCGAUAAUAUAGAGAAGCUUGCGUUAUAUAAAAAUGUCUAAAUCAUCGUUCACCAUGAUUUACUUAUCGACGAGAAAUAAAGUAAUAUAUAAUUAUAAAAUGAAGGAGGAAUUAUACACAGCGGAGUAAAAAUUAUGAAAUAUUUUAAGACAUGAAGAAGAAUCCUGUUAGAACUCUUGCGAUACUUUUAUGUAUUCUAAUAAAAACUGUAUAAUAUAUUUAAUAAAUAAAAUAAAACAUAAAUUUCAAUUAUUA